AUGAGGAACCAGGAUAUUGCUGAAUUCCUAGGACAGGAGUUCUCUUCAGAAGAUAAUCCCCUAUCUGAUCCAGUGCAGACUGAGAAUAAUAAUGAAGAGACUGGCUUCAACUCCCUCUGGGAGUUGAAGCAGCAAAGUCUCAUCAAAACUAUUCUAGAUCAGGUGCAGAUAAUGAUAGAGGAUAAUAAUAAGGAUAAAACCCAAGAAAUCGAUAAUGUGGUAUUGAAACAAGUUGAAGUAUACCAUGCAUCAAGGGAUUUUCUUGACUCACAUCGACUUAAAGAGAGAAUUAACAGAGAACUGGGCCAAAUUGCAAUUGAUCAUGAUAAAAUGAAAACUAAAUUUAAUGAGCUAUCAUUAGUUCAUAAUAAAGUCAAAUAACCUGAGUUCAAGAAUCGGGCCUAUAGAGAGUUUUAUUAAGUCAAAGACAGGCGAUACUUUUACUAAAGAUCCAACAGCUUUAAAAUACACAAACGAAGAGAUAUCAAAAAGACUAAGAGACUUAGAAUCUUCUUAUAACCAAGAAAUAACAAAAAUAAAUACCUUAAUAAAGCAGCAGAAACAUGAAUUUAGCGGAUUUCAAAAAUGUUUUAGAGAGUUUAUCUCCCAAUCCUCCCUAGAACUCUCCAAAAUCCCAAUCCUGAACCUCAAAAACCCCGAAACAGAAGACAUCAACAGAAGCUUAACCCAACCAAACGCUACCAGCCACUUCAGCUCAAAAAUCCUCACUCCCAACACAAAAUCCCAAAAAAUCACCCUCACCUCCAAAAGAGACUGCUCCGUCAAGGCCAGGUACUACACCACAAAUCUCUCCACCAGUAAAACCAUCGACAACACAGCACCCUCUUCCUAACCCCCACCUCCCCACGAACAAAAUCUCUAAAAGUAUUA